GUCACGACCUCACUUCAACUUCAUAGAAAGGAUAUGAUCGCCGAUAAAAUCUAGGAACGAUCAAUAUCGCGUGUCUACAGUUCAGCGAACCUUUUGAAAAGUGUUUUGAGUCUAUUUGGAUACUGAGAGUCAAGCUUCAUAUCCGUCUCUCUAUCUUCGACAUCUUUUGUUCGUUGUUGCAUUCUGCGUAAGCGCAGUUAAACACCAACAUAAACAUCAACACCAACACCAUCGUUCAAUAUGGCCAGUCUUAAAGCAAAUGCUCGCAAAGUGAUUUGCAUAGGAAGAAACUAUGCCGACCACAUCACCGAACUCAACUCGGCUCGGCCAUCCCAACCAUUCUUCUUCCUCAAACCCACGUCUUCGAUCCUCCCACCGGGCAAAGGUCCCAUCAUCCGCCCUCGCGGAGUCGAUCUGCACUACGAAGUCGAACUCGGGCUCGUCAUCGGGCAAACCUCGCACCCGCUGAAAAAUCUGUCUGCCAACGACUCGAAAAUCCUUGAUUGCAUCCGCAGCUAUUUCCUCAGCAUCGACCUCACGGCGCGAAACGUGCAAAACGAAGCCAAGAAAAAGGGACUACCUUGGUCGAUUGCAAAAGGGUUCGAUACGUUUUUACCCAUCAGUCAGGAAAUUCCAAGGGAUCGUAUUGCUGAUCCGCAUGAUGUGGAGAUUUGGUUGAGUGUCAAUGAUGAGGUGAAGCAGAAGGAUAAUUCGAAUUUGAUGUUGUUCAAUAUUCCCAGGAUUUUGAGUGAUAUUAGCAAGGUCAUGACCUUGGAGGAGGGGGAUUUGGUUUUGACGGGCACGCCUAAGGGGGUUGGGCCGAUUAAGGGAGGGGAUGUGGUCAAGUGUGGGUUAUUGUCGGAUGGGAGGGAGGUCGUCGAGGCGAAUAUGUUGUUGGAUGUGGUGGAUGCUGAUGGAGAUGAUGGAUAUAUCUUUAAGGAAACGUGAGCAACUAACUAAGGAAACAAUCUCAACAUCUCACAUCACAACAACCUGUUUCUAGGAUUUCGUGC